AUGGCCUUUCUGCAAUCCAUUAUUUCUCGAAAUACCUUUUCCUUCGAAUUCUUCGAAAAGCCGCCCCCAUAUCGUCGCAGGACCGAAGGCUCCGCCCACAAAAACCCGGAGAUAACCUAUAAAACAGUUGCGCGUUGCUGCCGUCGGGGCGAAAUGCUUCUUCUCCUCCUCGCCUCUGUUGGAGCCGUCUUGGCCGCCGAGGUUCCCGGGCCUCUCCUUCGGCUGACGUCAUCUUUCUCGGUUGCAGACGGUGGUGAAGAACGAGACCGCUGGCGGACGUUACCACGGCCGACGACGUCAUCAGGACGACGACUCCUACGAGGCCGACUACGACCGCGGAUACCACUACGGCUACCCUCUGCAACAGCUUCAGGAUGGUCAGUCUUAGGGCAAAGAAGAAGCUUAUUUUUGACAAAAUCUUUAAAUUUUCUGAAAACCCGCUGAAACACUUUUUGAUAUACUAAACAUUUUUCAAGUCUCAAUCUGAAAUGAAACGCUUCUUUUUCGAGAACUGUAGCUGAAAAGUGCUAAUUUUUUUUUUGCAAUCGAAUUUUUGAGCGUCUGAUCGUGAAAGAAACCAUCACUACAAAAAUAAGCACGAAAUGAAUUUUGAAGCCUUCGUCUGCGACUUGGAAGCCUCCGUGCUUCUGGUGAUCGACAGCCGUCGCUACGGACACAACCGCGCCGUUCGCAUCAAGUUCGUCUUUUUUUUAUUUAAAAACAAAUUCUAGAACUCACAAUUUGUUAGAGUUGAUGAUUCCAAGCAGUAAUAACCGAAAUCGACCACUAUAGAAGACAUGGCUAAAUUUUUGAAAACCUGAAAACCUUUUUUUCUAAGAGAGAAUGAGUGAAGGUGUCCUGAUUUUAUCAUUAGAAAACUGAUUUUGAGGUGCUCGGAAGUCGGCCGGUACGACGCCGACUCCUGCAACAUCUGCUGCCAGCAGACCGCCCGUCGUGACACAACCAUUCCCAAUGUCAGUCAGCAGCUUCUUCUAAUGUUAUCAUAAUCACAAACAUAGAGCCAGCUGAUACAUUUUUUUAGAAAAAUUUAUAUCUUCUCGCCCACGAAAAACUAAAUAUUUUUUUGCCAAAGAUUCACAGAUUCUUAAGUAACCAUUUCCUGGCCAGGGAGAACUUCCAGCUGCUCGCGCAGCUGUGCGUUUUUCGUGCUGAAAAAAGUAUCGAAAUCCACACGCCUCCGUUCUUGAAGCACUGAAAGCGUGUACGAAUUCCAUUCCUAGCCGGAUGAUACUUCAAACUGUCUUAGAAGACUUCUGUCGAGGGUAUUAUAGUUUUACAGUAAGGCUCUUCGUCUACUUAAAGAAAAUCAUAUCUUGAAAAUUUCAAAAGUCAAAAAAUCUCCCAACUUCUACUCUAUCUUCUCUUUCGAAUGGACAGCCGCGUCUAGGGUACUCCUCUACUGUUUCAGCUGAAGUGAAAACAGUGGAGCUGGACCCUAAGACGUUGUUGCUUCCGGCUCAUUUUUCCGGCCUUAAUUCACCUUCUCUGCUGUCCUUUCAGUCAAAAAAUGAUGAAAAAUGAUUUCAAAACUCAGAUAUUUUCGAUAACUUUCAACUGCCCCAAUCUAGCUUCUAUGAAAACCUUGCAGUCCGCCAUCCUCGGCUUCCUGGCCGUCACCGACGAAGAAGAUGAGCCCGAAGACGAGACGGAGUCUACGUCUACGACUACCGUAACCACUUCCAAAAUCUCCGCAAGACCCUCAUUUCAUGAUUCCAGCGCAAGAAGCGGUCUUACGGAGGCAACGGAGGCUACGACGGCGGCUACCGCGCAGACCCGCCUCGCUACUACAAGGCGCACGACAACAGCCGCAGCCACGUCGACCCGACCUUCCUCAACAAGGUUUGGUAGCAGAUCUGAGCCAUCGAGCGCGAUUUCGCUGGUUUCAGGAAAAAUGGGCCGCUGACCCACUGAACACCAACACCCAGUGCGUCUGCUGCGCUCCUCGUCUGCAGCACCAACAGCCGACUCCGUACGCUCAGGUUGGAUCACAGGAAACUGAACAUUUGAAGAACUUCUACUGAUUUUAAAAAGCGCGAAAAUAACUAAAAAUGAUUCAUAAACAUAUCAGAAAAUAAGAACUUCUGACUAUUGCAGACGAACCCCCAGCCGUUCAUGGCGCCGAACACGCAGCCGCAGACUUUGGUCGACUCCUGGUCGAACCAGGCCGAGAUCCAGCCGGUCGCCGACAGCUGGUCUUCAGCGCCGCUCGUCUCCGGAAACGCUCCCGCUCCUGCUGAUGUGGCUCCCGUCGUCGCUGCUGCUCCCGGAUCUGCUCCAGCUCCGGCUCCGGUUGCCGCCGCUGCCACACCGGUCGCCUAUUAA